AAGCGCAGGCUGGACUACACUUGAUCUGUUUCUUGACAAAAGAGAGAGAGAGAGAGAGAGAGGGAAGAGAGAAAACAAACAAGUUUGGCUAGUGCUGCUACUGCCGUGAUAGGUUUGUACGCUAUUGCUGCCGUCCAAAUUUCAUGAACCCGAUUUCUACGAUUUGGAGUUUUUUUACGACAUCUACUUUUACUGUUUUUUAUUAUUUUUCUGAAGUUGGCGCCUGUUAAACCGGCCGCAUUGGAUCCGUCAGGGUACUGCGAGACUCCGGUGUACAACCCGGAUCUCUGCCCAAAUAUGAUUGCUGCCCAAGCCAAACUAGUCUACCACCUGAACAAAUACUAUAAUGAGAAGUGUCAAGCUCGAAAAGCCGCAAUUGCCAAGACCAUCAGGGAAGUGUGCAAAGUGGUGUCAGACGUACUCAAGGAAGUGGAAGUGCAGGAGCCACGGUUUAUCAGCUCCCUUAACGAAAUCGACAGCCGUUUUGAAGGGUUGGAGGUAAUUUCCCCUACCGAGUUCGAGGUGGUCCUCUACCUUAACCAGAUGGGUGUUUUCAACUUCGUGGACGAUGGCUCCUUACCUGGCUGCGCCGUGCUGAAGCUAAGUGACGGUCGUAAGAGGAGCAUGUCUCUGUGGGUGGAAUUCAUUACGGCUUCGGGAUAUCUCUCUGCACGUAAGAUCCGCUCCAGGUUUCAAACACUGGUGGCUCAGGCCGUGGACAAAUGUAGUUACCGGGACGUUGUGAAGAUGGUGGCCGACACUAGCGAGGUGAAGCUCCGGAUCAGGGACCGCUACAUAGUGCAGAUCACUCCCGCUUUCAAAUGCACUGGGAUUUGGCCGAGGAGCGCGGCGCAUUGGCCGCUGCCUCAUAUCCCCUGGCCUGGGCCGAACCGGGUAGCAGAGGUCAAGGCCGAGGGGUUCAAUUUGCUCUCCAAAGAGUGUUACUCCCUUUCCGGCAAGCAGAGCUCAGCCGAGAGCGAUGCCUGGGUCUUACAGUUCGCCGAGGCCGAGAACAGGCUUCUAUUAGGGGGCUGUCGGAAGAAAUGCCUGUCUGUUCUCAAAACUUUGCGCGAUCGACACCUUGAACUCCCUGGACAGCCUCUCAAUAACUAUCACAUGAAAACACUGGUUUCCUAUGAAUGUGAGAAACAUCCCAGAGAAUCGGACUGGGACGAGUCGUGUUUGGGAGAUCGCCUAAACGGGAUUCUACUGCAGCUCAUCUCCUGUCUUCAGUGUCGCAGAUGUCCACAUUAUUUCUUACCCAACCUAGAUUUAUUUCAGGGCAAACCACAUACCGCUUUGGAAAACGCAGCAAAACAAACCUGGCGCCUGGCGAGAGAGAUACUCACUAAUCCCAAAAGCUUGGAAAAACUUUGAAAUUGAACAUAUACCAUUUAAACCGUGAUUUCCAUUUUAUGACAUAUUUAAAUAUCCUCGCAUUUGUUGUUCAGUUGUGGCUAUUGAUGUUUUGUGUACCAGGAAUUCCUAGGCGAACAAGCUGACUGAUUCCAUAUUUUUGGAUACGGCUGGACUUUCUUUUUGCUAAAAGAAGAUAUUGCCAUCAAGGUAUUUGUAGAUGAUAUUAUUGAAGUUUAUUGCUAUCUGAUGUGUCUAAUGGAAAAGUUUACACCUUGGCGACAGUGAUCGUUUCAGAUUUUGCUUGUUCAUAUCUUUAUUACUCAUUCCAUCAUGACUUGAAUUGUUAUUUAAACUAUAUCCAAACGGAAAUAUGAACGUUGCUUAUACAUAAUGCUUGAUUGUCGAAAACUGGAGAAAAUAUUGAAAAUAUGCACUUGGAAAACACUGGAUUUGAAAACUUUGUGACUAAGAACAUUUUGAAAUUUCUGUUGCUGAAAUAUUUAAUUUGAAGUUAAUAAAUGAAACGAUUAAAAUCCUUA